CCUCCACCUUUACACCAGCUAACGGGGUACGAACUGGGGAGUCGUGUAUAUAUAUAUAUCACCACUGGAGGAAAGGACUGUUUUAUCCGAGAAAACUACAUUUAGAAGUAUUUAUUGGACGAUAGAAUGGUCUGUAGACACCUUCGACGUUAAACGCUUCUGGACUUUUUUUUUUUUCAAACCCUUGUUCAUUUAUUUCGGCGUGAAGAUAGACGUGUUGCAGGGCCGCCAUUUUUUGUUACCAAGUCUGUCGGACUGGGAGGCGAAGAUAGCCUGUUAGCUGGUUGGAUCACACGCGAAGAGAGAACUGGUUUAAAAUAUUUGAUUGGACUUUAAUGGACGCGACUGCCUUGUAAAAGUCCACACCGUGAUGUAGACAGGUUUGUGUACGGAUUAUGGCGACCUGUUCUCUGUGCUGAGGUGGCUAGCUGGCUAACGUGCGAUAUUGUUCCGUAAAGUGGGUUAGCUUAGCUGCCUUAUUAACAUUACUUCGCGGAAGAAGGAACGGAAAAGCGGAACUUGAAUGGAGCAUUCUCGAUUUCUCACUUUGUAUAAGUGAUUCGUUUUAUUUAACUUAAAAAAAAAGUUGUGAAGCGAUUAUCGGUUGCAUCGUCUGUGUAGGAAUAAAACGUACCAUUAAACCUUAGCAAUGCAACAAAGUUGGUUCGUCGCAGCCUGUCUGUGAAACGUCAGGUUGCAGUUCAGUUUUACGGUCGGAAAAACUUAAAUUAAUUUAUUGCAUAUUGAACUAAUAUAUUGAUCAAGUUAGAGCUUAUUUAUUUGACUUCAGUCAUGUCGUCGGCGCGGUUCGAUUCAGCGGACCGAAAUAGUUGGUAUUUCGGCGCUCUUUCUCGGCAGGAGACACAGAGCCGGUUACAGGGCCAGAGACACGGCAUGUUUCUCGUUCGCGACUCAUCCACUUGUCCCGGGGACUACGUACUUUCUGUGUCUGAAAACUCCAAAGUGUCCCACUACAUCAUUAACUCGUUACCCACCAAGAGGUUCAAAAUCGGCGACCAGGAGUUCGAGCACCUUCCCGCGCUUCUGGAGUUCUAUAAGAUCCACUACCUGGACACGACCACGUUGAUAGAACCUGCCCCCAGGUUCUCUACCACUGCUCUAACCAGCGGCCCAGUUCAGCCCAUCGGUGGCCACGGUGAUGAGAAUUUGGAGUAUGUGCGGACUCUUUAUGACUUCACUGGCAGUGAUGCUGAAGAUCUUCCUUUCAAGAAGGGUGAGAUCCUGAUUAUCCUGGACAAGCCUGAAGAGCAGUGGUGGAGCGCAAAGAACAAGGAGGGCCGUGUUGGAAUGAUCCCUGUCCCCUACGUAGAAAAGAUAGUCAGGCCAUUGCCUCACACUGGGACAGUUGGUCAUGGCUCACGCAACUCAAACAGCUAUGGCAUCCCUGAGCCUGCGCAUGCUUACGCUCAGCCACAGACGCCAUCUCCCUUGCCCCCUGGCACACCUGGAGCUGUCAUUAACCCGCUUCCCUCCAUGCAGAACGGGCCCGUCAUGGCAAGAGCUAUUCAGAAACGAGUUCCAUGUGCAUACGACAAGACUGCCUUAGCACUGGAGGUGGGUGACAUUGUCAAAGUGACCAGGAUGAACAUCAGCGGUCAGUGGGAAGGUGAAGUGAAUGGCAGGAGAGGCUUGUUUCCUUUCACCCAUGUUAAAAUAUUGGAUUCCCAAAACCCGGAUGAAAGCGAAUGACCUGGGUGUUGCUCUGUCGGCGCCCUUCUCGACCUGCUGGCUGUCCUGCCGUCGUCACCACCGGAAUCGCACUUGCCUGCUUGAGGCCCUGCCACAGAGCGCAUCUCUCAAGCGAACCAUUUGCGCAGCUUCUGACUGUUUACAGCUCCAAACUUGAAUAGUUCGUAAUCCCCUUUUUCCUAGUAUCGAUUCCCAUAUCGGUAUUUUUGUCUGCCCUUCAAUGUGCUGUUUUUUCCAUCUGUCCUUAUGCCAAGGUGAGGUGUGAGUACUCUGGCUUGUUGUCAUGCCUAGUUUUUCUCGCGGCCCCCCCACCCCCCUUUGAAAACGCUAGCUUCGACUGUAAACAAGCCAAAACGCAUUGAGAAAGCAAGAUGGUCUUGUUGAGAAAGAAACAACAUUUCAAACUGAGGAUUAAAUUGAAAUUAAAUCUUUUUUCUUUUCCAUUGUGCUUCCCCAUCUUUUCCUCUUCACUCCCUAGUGAGACUGUGAGACGUAAGCAGUUCUAAUCAACUCCGUCUCCUCCUGACAGGUUUCUGUAGAGUUCAGAGCAUCAUAUGAAUUUAAUAUUAAUUCACAAUACAUCUCAGAAGCAGACUUUGUGUGUGAAACUAGUCUACAGCUGUAGCCUUUUUGAUUUUUGCCAUGAUACACAAAGUGUAAAUAUCAGGUGUGUAAUGUGUGAAAUGGUUGUGGCUUUAGAACAGUAAAGAUAGGUUUCUCUGGGAGGCUUCUUGGCAGGCAGUCCUGAUUAUCCCCAGUGAUACAAAAAGUAUGCUUUCUUUUUAUUUUUGAGGUUUGCAACUCAUCCAAACCUCCUAUACUGAUGUGAAUAGAACAGCUUGUAUGUGGCUUCAUAAGGAAGCAGGUGUCACUGGAAGGAUUGGGUCUGUGAUUAAUGCUGCUCUCUGCUUUACCUUUGUUUCCACUGAGCUCAACCCGUGUUGUAAUUUAGCUGAUUUUUGCACAUUGGCAAUUUUCAUUUGUAAAUGGUUAAUUUGGUGUUUAGUAGCAUUCAAACUUUUUUUUUUUUUUUUUAUCUAGCCAAUGAAUCAGUCAUUUACUGUGUGCUUUAAAAUGACCUGUUGUGGAGGAAAAAACCCUCUAAUUUUCCGAAAAGGGAUAAAAAUGUCUACUGGUUGCCUAUGAUGCGCAUGAUGUGACUAAAAGCGCUCUUCCUCUCGCCCUUGCCUUCACAUGCCUCAAUUUGCCAUAGUUUCACUUGUAACACUUGGCAAGUGAAAAUCAACAUGAAUCCUGUAUUAUAACGUUGCAGUUGCAAUCCUAAUGCACUAGCAUUCACACACUUUAAACACCUUUACAGGAUGUUCUCAUCACAAACACCAAAAGACAUAGAGAGAGCCUGCAAAGUAUAUAAUCACAAUAUUUUUCUUGGUACCUGCAAAACAAUGGUUGGAAAUUUUCUUUAAAUGUCCAUAAAUUUGUAGCGGAUUUUAACAUGAAGUUACAGUGAGUUGAUUCAUAGGAGAAAACCUGACCAACUGACAGUACGCAUGAUAUUAAGUAUUGUUUAUACAUCAUAUCAUCCAACUAUCCAAUCCACAGUCUUCUCAAAACAACUUAAAUUUUUAGAUGUACCGUGUACAAUCUACAGUAAAAUGUUAAUUACAAUAAUAGUCACCUUCAACUUCCACAGGAUGAAAUAAUGGUGCAGUGGUGGAAAAAAUAAGCAAGAUGCAGUGUCCUUUUGCUGCUUCUGAAUCACUUCACUCCAAAUUCAUGUCUAAUAUGCUUAUCACUGCCAUCAUUGUUUCACGUUGCUUUAUCGUAUCACGUUACCAUUGGCGUGACCUCACAUCGACCCAAAGUCACAAUAUAAAGUGAUAAAGUUACCGGAGGUCAUAGAUUUCCUGUGUAAGUUUGCAGCAUACAGCAACGUCUACAGCCACAAAUGAAAUAAUGAAUUUUAUUUUGUACUGAUGAUAAUUAAAUGUCAAUCAUGCCGAGGUAAAUCUACAAAUCCAGAGGAUUGGCUUUGGUAAGUUCCACAGUACCUAUGUUUAAUUUUAGGCCUGAAAGAGACGUUUGAUUUCCCAUUCUUCAAUCAAGAUAUAAACCACAUAUUACACACAUGUUCCGUUAUGUGGAAUUCAUAUGCAAAUUUUGAUGAUUAUUUAAAAAAAAAAAAAAAAGCUAACUAGAAUUAAGUUUAAAGACCAGAGUGAUAUUAGACAAUGUGAACCCAAGAUCGUCUUUUGUUGCUUUGCCACUUUUCAUUUUCUUUCUCAACUCCAAACUUGCUUUUUAAUGAUAGCAGCUAAGUCAGAGCCAUCUUUUGGUUUUGCUCCCCAAAAACGGUUUUAGGAUAUCAUUUUUAAGUGUUCAAAUAAUUUAAUUUUUUAAUUAUAAUAACAGUAUUACUGUCCUUUUUUUUUUGCAUAAAGAGGUACUCUUAGUGUCUAGUACAAAAAAAUGGAAAUGUGCCUUUUUUAUUUUCUUUGACCAGUGAACAUGUGUCACUGACAUGUCACUGACAUUUGUCACUGUUUGCCCAUCAGUAACAUCCAUGCUGAUACGAUCCAUCAUGUACAGAGUGAGCAAAUAAAAUUUACUUCUCUUAA